AUGUCAGAGGACUCCAUUGUCAAUCUCGAAUACCGCGGCCGAGUCGCCGUGCUCACCAUCGACAAUGACCGUAAGCUCAAUUCGAUGGGCCUGACGCAAUAUUACGACCUCGCCCAGAAGAUGCGCGAGAUUGCGACUCACGAUGAGGUUUUCAUCACAGUUAUCCAGGCAAAGGGCCGCUACUUUUCCGCAGGUGCCGACGUUUCCCUCGCCGAAAGCGCGCCAACAAGCGGCCCCGACAUACACAGGCACUGGCUCCAAUCCUUCGCAGCCUUCAAUCUCAACAUCACCCACGCCUUCACCACCCACCCCAAGAUCCUCGUCGUCGGCCUCAAUGGGCCUGUCAUCGGCCUGACCGCUGCCCUCAUUGCCUUCGCCGACUUCAUCUACGCCGCGCCCCACUCCUUUUUGCUCACACCGUUUUCCUCGCUGGGUCUUGUUGCCGAGGGCGGUGCCUCCCGCGCGCUGGUCACCCGUCUCGGCAUCGCAAAGGCCAACGAGGCGCUGAUUAUGAGCCGCCGGCUGUCGGCGCAGGAGCUUGAGCGGUGCGGGUUCGUGAAUGCCAUCUUCGAGGUCGGCAAGGGCGAGGACGAGAAGUUCCGCGGGCUGGUGAUGAAGGAGGUGGAUGAGCGCCUCGGAGAACAUCUGAUCGGUUCGAGCCUGAUCGAGAUCAAGAAGCUAAUCCGGAAGCCGGAGCUGGAAACAAUCCACAACCAGAACGUGCAUGAGGUCUUUGCCGGUCUGGAGCGGUUCAUAAAGGGGAUACCGCAGGAGGAGUUUCGCAAGGUUGCGAGCGGUGCUAAGAGACAUAAGCUCUGA